UCCUCAUCGACUCGCUGCUCCUGCGUCGCCUUCGCCUUCGUUCUUUCUUCCGAAAUUCUCCGAACUCCCUCCCACUCACUAAAAAAAAUGCUUCUUCUUCUUCUUCUUCUUCUUCUUCCCACUGCUUCCUCUCUCUCCUUGUAGUCGCUUUGCCGCUUCUCCGAGAAGCGCUUCUUCUUCGAUGGAGCUUUGCGACGCCUCCCACCUCUUCCCCACCGGGUUGCGGCGGGGGCCCUUCCCCUCUUUUCGCUUCACUCCCUCCUCCUCAAGCCUCCUCCAACACCCACGUUCCUUUCUCUGUAGACAUAUCUGGCAUUCAAUGCAGUUACAGAAUGAUCUCAAGACUACUCUUCACCCAAGGAUUCACUUUCCUCCUCCUAGAUCACCAGCGGCAUCUGUGAGUUAUGGUGACUCAGCUAUAACAUGUAAAGGAUUGUGUAAGGUAGUUUGGACAGUAGAGGCCGAUGUUUUGGACAGAUACCUCAUCUUUAUAACAGGGGAUCUUGUUUCCUUAGGCUGCUGGGAACCAGAGAUGGCUGUUCUUUUAUUCCCUUGUAUUGAAAACACUAACUUAUGGAAGACGGAAAUAAAGGUACCUUUUGGAAUUAAUUUCAAAUAUAAUUAUUUCAUAAAAGAGGACAAACACCGCUCUUCCAAUCUUGUAUGGAGGCCAGGGCCUGAGUUUUCUCUCUCAAUACCUUUUACUGGAAGAGAGGAUGAACAAAUCGUAGUUAGAGAUUCUUGGAUGAGUACCAAAAUAAACAGACAACCUAUUCCAUCCUGGGGUUCAUGGUUGAUGGAAAUAAGCCUUUUUAAAGACUGCCUCAAAAAUGGUGAAAAAGAAAUACUGCAAAGUCACAAUGGCGUUCCCUCAAAAUCAAAACAUUCAUCAGUUGAUUGUCAUCAUGAGGAGAUUCGUGAAGAUAUAGAGAUUUUGGUACAAAAUUCUACUAAUGCAGGAGAAGAUUUGACCGAAAGGGAUCAGCCUGUCGAAGAGCCCUGGCUGCUUAGAUCCAUAUUUUCCGCAAUCUCGGGUUCAAGUGAACUCGAUGAAUUAUCUCAUCAAGACAAAGAAAAAUUAGCACCAAUUGACGAUCAUAAAAUUGCCCAUGUCGAGAAACCGGCUUCUACAGUUAUAUUGAUUAAUUCUUCUGUAUGUACCAUGCAAAGAAUUGCAGUUUUGGAAGAGGAAAAACUUGUGGAGCUAUUAUUGGAACCCGUAAAAAAUAAUGUACAGUGUGACAAUAUAUACUUGGGUGUUGUUACGAAACUUGUUCCUCACAUGGGUGGCGCAUUUGUUGAUAUUGGGAUUUCAAGGCCUUCGCUCAUGGAGAUAAAGCAGAAUAGGGAGCCAUUUGUGUAUCCUCCAUUUCAUGAGGAUAAUGAUGAAUCCAUUGGUUGUUCUUCAGAAAGCGAGUUGAAGGAGAACUUUAUUAGCAAUCAAGAUGAAUUGUCUUCAGAUGAUGAGGAUGAUGUUGUUGAUGAGUUUUUAGAUGUAGACCAUCAAGAUGACUCAACUGAGUUUAUAGAGGAGCACAUUGAGUACCAUGAAAUAGAAGAUGACGUGAGUCCAUCACAUGAUAGUAAACCCAAUAUAGUUAAUGGGGCUAUUGAUUUAUCCAUACACGAUGCUCAUUUCGAAGGAAAUGGUGAUCAAAUUGAAGAUGAAGAUGAGGAAGAUGCUAUGUUAUUAGAAGCAGAAAGCUCUAAUGAUUUGGAUUCAGCAGGUCUUAGCCAACAAUAUAAUAAGAAAGUUGUGGUUACAACACAUACGAAUGAAAACAAGUGGUCUCAUGUUCGUAAAGGCACAAAAAUAAUUGUUCAGGUAGUUAAAGAAGGGUUAGGGACUAAAGGUCCAGCUCUCAGUCCUUACCCAAAUCUAAGAAGCAGAUUCUGGAUCUUGAUAGCUCGGUGCGACAGAAUCGGAGUCUCAAAAAAGAUUACAGGCGUUGAGCGGACACGCUUAAAAGUCAUUGCAAAAACAUUGCAACCGCCGGGUUUCGGUUUAACUGUACGAACAGUUGCUGCCGGCCAUUCUUUGGAGGAAUUACAGAAAGACCUUGAUGGCCUGCUUUCUACCUGGAAAGGCAUAGUCGAACAUGCGAAAUCCGCUGCACUAGCUGCGGAAGAGGGGGUAGAAGGUGCUGUUCCAGUAAUAUUACACAAGGCAAUGGGUCAGACUUUAUCAGUUGUGCAAGAUUAUUUUAAUGAAAAGGUAAAGAGUAUGAUUGUUGACUCUCCUCGAACUUAUCAUGAAGUCACCAGGUAUCUCCAGGAAAUUGCACCUGACCUUUGUAAACGGGUCGAGUUGUAUGACAAGAAAACUCCAAUAUUUGAUGAAUACAAUGUUGAAGAAGAGAUAAAUGGCAUUCUUAGUAAAAGGGUUUCACUAUCCAAUGGAGGCUCUUUAGUGAUAGAACAGACUGAGGCGUUAGUUUCAAUUGAUGUAAAUGGCGGUCACAGUAUGUUGGGACAGGGAACAUCCCAAGAGAGAGCUGUUUUAGAUGUCAAUCUUGCAGCAGCAAAACAAAUCGCGAGGGAGUUGCGCCUAAGGGAUAUUGGCGGCAUCAUUGUUGUGGAUUUUAUAGAUAUGGUUGAUGAUUCAAACAAAAGGUUAGUUUAUGAAGAAAUGAAGAAGGCAGUUGAGAGAGACCGAUCGACAGUGAGAGUCUCAGAGUUAUCAAAGCUUGGAUUGAUGGAAAUAACCAGAAAAAGGGUUCGUCCGAGUGUUUCAUUCAUGAUUAGUGAGCCCUGCGUUUGUUGCCAUGCUACCGGGCGUGUUGAAGGCUUAGAAACAUCCUUUUCGAAGAUUGAGCAUGAAAUUUGCCGUCUUCUGGCUGCCUCAAAUAAGAAGCCGGAUCCUGAAAAUCCAAAAUCAUGGCCACGUUUUGUGUUAAGGGUGGACCGUUACAUGUGCAACUACCUCACAUCUGGGAAGAAGACUAAACUAGCAGCUUUGAGUAGUUCUCUCAAAGUGUGGAUUCUAUUAAAGGUAGCAAGGGGGUUUUCUCGUGGGACGUUCGAGGUCAGGCCAUUCACCGACGACAAGGUAGAUGAUGACCAACAGGUUACUAUCUCGCGAUUAUGGCCUGCGGAAACAAGAAAUCACAUUCCAAGAGCCAAACUCACUCUUUUCCCCAUCAAGAAAUUGAAGAGCCGAGGAAAAUGAAAAAGAUCACCAACCUCGUUGCUAUGUGGCACUAGAAGCCCUACUAGCUGUUGUUAUCUACAAUUUUGCCUUUCUUUCGCAAGCUAUCCAUAUCUUUGACUUCUUCAAGAGAUACUUUUUCCGCUCAUAUGUAUUUAAUUUGUUGUACGAAAUUUUUUUUUCUGAAUUUAUGUUUCAAUUUUGUAGGAAUCAUGAGAGAUCUUCUUUAGCGUAACAUAACUCGAAUGUAAUAAUAGAAGGAUUAUGAUUUUAGUUAUCAGAAUGUAGCAUUGUUCGCCAUUCUUCGGUUGAACGCCCUAGGAGCUGAACCUAUUCAUCUUGUUUAGACAAAAACUAGAAAUCAUAUAUAUAAUAUCGUAUAUCCAUUGUGUUUUCUAAUGUA